UGUAAGUACUGUAAACAUAAACUUGUUAUAUUUUAUUAAAAUCGUUUUACUUCUACUCAUAUGUCUAAGCUUCUAUUACAUUUACUGAAUACUUUACUAAUCUUUUAUCUGCUAAAUUAAAUUAUAAAUUCAAGCCGAAACUAUUAUUAAGUACCUACCUCCUACUCAUUAUUUUAUUCAAUAAAAAGAUAUUGAAAAUAUCAUAAUAUAAUAUUUUGUUCUAAGUGAUAUUUUAUUGUACUCGUAAAUAUUGUCUUAGUCUUUUUAUAAAUGUGUAAUUAAGCUUAAUAAACUGUAUUAUCUAAUGAAUAUUUAUACAGAUUAUUCUCAAAAAUGUCCAGAUUGCCACAAAUGUUUUUAUUCUGCUACAUCAUUAUUAGUACAUUUUUUUAGUCAUGUCGGUGAAGAAAAAUUGGUUGAAACCGGUAAUAAUGAAAAUAGCUCAACUUCUAAAAAAAAACCUAUAGAAACUAGCAAUUAUGGAUCUUCUAAGCCAUUAAAUUUGACAGUGGGUGAAACUCUGAAUCCUUGGAAAUAUUGUUUGGCCACAUAUGAAGAGAAUAACGAUAACCCAGUUAAAUCAUUUAAAAAAGUAACAAAAAAAAAUAAAGAAAAAGACAAGAAUUUUGAAUGUAGCUUGUGUAGUAAAAAAUUUGGGUGGACAACUGAUCUUAAAAGGCAUUUACUCAUUCAUACAGGAGAAAGGCCCUUUAAAUGUAACUCAUGCCAAGCUGCAUUUACAAGAAAUUUUUUACUCCAAAAACAUUUUGCUCGAGCUCAUAAAAAGGUAUCUGAAGAUGAAUCAAAAAAAUUGGAGAAUCAUGUACAUGCCAAUGUUACUGAAAUUAAAUUAAAAAUGAAAGAACUAGAGUGCCAAAGGGAACAUAGUAAGUCUGUUUCAGAUAAUGAUAGUUAAUAAAAUUAAUUAUUGUAUGUAAAAUUUAAAACCAUAAAAUUAUUUAAUUUUUAAUAAUAAUUGUUACCAAGGAACUUAAAAUGUGUGCAAAAUUUAAAUUUGAUAUGUGUUUUUAUUUAAUUGGUAUCAUAAUAUUUUUUGUGUAGUUAGAUAUAAAUUAAACAUUUUUUUGAUUUGUUUUUAUAUUGGCAAGUAGUAAAGUAAUACUAAAACUGUGCGUACUUUAAUUAAAAGUAUAUAGUAAAUGUUAUUUUUAAAAUGAAAAAUCUCCAUAUCUAUUUUAAAUUCAAGUAAAUAAUAUUGAAGCUAGUAUUACCUAAUAUUACAUUCAGAGCCGUGCCGUUAUGAUUUGGCGCCCAAUGAAAAAUUAAAAAUAAUCGUCCCCUAUUUUAUUUAUAAUUAUGCAUUUCAUUCUUAUUUAAUUGAUUUUUUUUUUUUUACAACGUAUUUGAACAUUUAUUUGACAAAAAAAUAAAACUGAUUGCAAUAGUAAUUAUUAAACAAAAUAGGUAUAAAAUAAUUAAAACUUAAUACAAAUCACAAAUUAUAUUAUAUUAUAAUUUUAUAUUUACAAACGUAUCAUAUAGGUACUUAGUUUAAGACUUAAUUUAUUAUAAAGCUAAAUAAUACAAGAAUAAAAUGUUGCAAUUGACUAAUUGUUAUUACUCGACCAUAGUCGGAAAUUUGUUCAGAAAAAAUUUGUAAUGGUCAAAAAUAAUUGUAAAACAAUGAUCUUUCUCAUAUAUUUAAUUUGUGUACAGUUUAAAAUAUUAUAAAAAAAAAACCCUUUAACGGCUCUGAUUACAUUAAAUAUUAAUAUUUUAAAGUUUUCAUGAUAAUUAUUGGUUACAUCUUGUAUAGAUAUUAUUCUUAGAGAAUAGUAUAAGUUAGAUAACAUCAUUAUUAAACAUUUAUUGCGAGUAAUAAAUAAGUAUCUGGUCCAAUUUUAGGUGUUUUAUUACAUUUCUAUAUAAUAAUUUCUUAACUUUUCUAAUUUUAUUUCUAUACAAAAUUAAAAUAAAAAAUGUUCAAUAUAGUAUUUAUAAAUAUUAAAAAUAAUAAUAAAAAAUAUUUAUCUUGCAUUCCUUAUUUUUUUUUUUUUACUAAUUAUGUAGGUACCAAUUUGCAUUUACAAUUGUUUUUAUUAUUUAAUUAAAUAAUUUUGUUCAAUGACUAUAAUAGUACUUACUUGAUUAAUAAUAUAUUUCCUAUAAACAAAUCAGUAAUAUGCAGCCUAUAUUUUUUGAGAUAUUCAACAGCAUUUUAUAGGUAAUUUAUAUAAGUUCAGCUAAGUGUGAAUCUUUGGGUUAUUAUGUAUUUUAAAUUGUUAUAUGAAUUUAUUAUUUUUUAAGCUAUAAAUUCUUGUAAAUAUUUUCUAAAAUAUUUUGAUAAAAUAAUUUGCUGUCUUGCUGAAGUAAUGAAUUAUUUAAAGGUUAGAUAAUUACAACUAUUUGUAGGUACUACACUAAACAAGUAUCAAAAUAAUUUCUGACGUAAAAUAUAAUACAAUGUAUACUCUAUUAGUCUAUUAUAAUGGUAUUUUAUUUUUACUUAAAAACUUAUAAAUUAUAAAAAUUAAUUAUUUUUACUAUUUUUUAUGAAAUCAUAAAAUAUACAUAAUAUUUCAUUCAAGUAUACUAAAUAUAAUACCAGAUAUAUAUUGUAUCAAUUUCUGUUCAUGUUGAAAUUAUCUACCUAUAUAUUUUAAUUUUUAAUACUUAUUCUUUACUGUUUAAAAUGUAUACUUAUUUUUUUUUAUAUCCGUAAGGACAAAUGUGGGGGUGGAGGAUUAAGAGUUCAAAUACUUUCUGAAAUAUUUUUCUUUCUCUGUAACUAGUGUAACUCUUAAAGUGAAUUUUCACAGGUCACAGAUUGUUGACUUUAAGCUUUAAAAAAUGUAACCUUCCUCCAUCCACGCCCAUUAAAAGUUAACUAAAUAAUGGUCUUGUAUACCUGGUUUAAUAAUUUUACUAGGAAAAUUACAAAGUAAUAUUAUAAUAAUUAUAGAUUUAUAUUGAUAUCUAGUAUCUAAGUAUCUAUAUGUCAUAUAACCAUAGGAGGUACAACCAGGCUCGGCUCAAGUGUUUAAACACACCUAGGCAAACUUGAGUUUUAUACUACAUCAAAUCUAUAAUAAAAAAUGUUGAAUGCAGCCUCUGAAAAGGUGUGGGCUAUGCCGCUUACUCCUUGAGCCGGGCCUGGGUACAACAAAUUAUUGAUUAAUUUAUUGUUAGUGAUUAUCUUAUAUAUACAUAUUUUAGUAUUUAGUAUACUUAGUUCCAUAAAUAAUUUUAUAGUUUAAAGUUAUUGUUUAAAAGUGUGUUGAUGUGCCUAAGUAUUUUCAAGUACAAGUAAACCAAAAUUAAUUAUUUGAAUAUUGUAAAACAAACAUAUUUUAUGAUUAUUAUGAUGUACAUAAUGGACAUUCCUACUCUCAUGCUUGAAUGGGCAAGGGAAGUUGAGGUCGGAGCUUCUUUUCUUCAGAUAAAAAAUUAUUUUAUUCAUUUUAAAUUGUUUAAAUAAAAAGUCAUUAAAUAAUUUAAAAAAAAAAACAAAUUUAAACAUUUACAUUCUUACUUUUAUCGACUCAAUCAUUAAUAAUUAGUAGAUACUUUUUUUUUACGUUCAAUACACAGAGACCGAUAAUCUUAAAAUAUAUAUAAGUUCUUAAGUUGUUAUAAAAUAUUUAUUUACAUAAUGGAAAAGCAAUGAGAGUAAUUAAGGAAAAUAAUAGCUUUUAUAUAGGUACUUUUCAAUAGUUAUUUUAAACAAUAACUAGGUAUAUAGUAUUUUAUAAUAAUUUAAUAUUUUUCUUUUACACUAGGAGGUAAAUGAAAUGUGUAUUUUUGUUUCAAGUACCUACUGUAUAAUUAUUACUAGUCAUAUCUAGUCUUAAACCUUAGUUUUUAAUAUUAAUUACCAUGUAUUAUUAAGUAUACUGUAUGACAAUAAAAAACAAAUGACAAUAAUUUUUGUUUGUAACUAAAUUAAAAACAAAUGACAAUAAUUUUUGUUUGUAACUAAAAUAAAAACAAAUGACAAUAAUUUUUGUUUGUAACUUACAUAAAUAAAGACUUUAUUAAAAAUA